CAGUGAUUGCCGACAAUCGUACGGGAGUCCAACAAUCAACUAUGGCGAGGUCCACGUGGCCUGCCCUCCCAUUUCGAUGGGAUUUGAUUAAAUAAAAUUGGAUAAGAUUGGAGUUGAAUGGAUAAGAUUGGAUAAGAUUGGAUACUAUUGGAUAAGAUUGAAUACGAUUGGAUUGGAUUGGCGGGAACUUCGCUGGAGAGAAGGAUUACCUGGGCAGUUGCAACACAAUCAAUCAAUUGAUCAAUCAAUCAAUCGACCAAUCAAUCAAGCAGUCAAUCAAUCAAUCAAUCGAUCAAUCAAUCAAUCAACAUGGGGAGUCUAGCGAUUCAAUUAAUCAAUCAAUCAAUCAUUGAGGCAAGUGUUUUUCUAGAUCGAAGUGCUAAGACAGCCGCGUGCCCUGCUGGUGAUGAGGAGACGCAGCCUCUGAGUGACACGUGUAUCACGGAUCUUCCGGAGGUGUUGAUAAGCGAGGUAUUGGGGAAAUUGGACACAGCACGGGAUGUCUGCCGGACAGCUACAGUCUGCUCGAUGUUCGCCUCAGCCGUUCGAUCUAAUCUGACGUGGCAGCGGCUGCUGCCACGUGGAUGUCGUCUUCUUUGCCAGUUGCACGCACCGUCCUCCUUCGCCUCUUCUUCCUCCUCGUCCUCCUCCUCCCCUUCCUCCUCUUCUCCCCUCUUCUCCUCGGGUUCUUGCGCUGAUACCACCGGCGCGGAGGCGGAGAGUUUGCGCACCUGCUACCGCCAUCUCCUCCGCGGCUUUCCGGACUCGAAUUCCCCUCAUAUCUAUUAUCAAUUGGACGAGUCCACCGGCGCGCUGCGGACUACCGUCUCGGUCAUGGCUAUGUCUGUUAUUUGGGGCAACGACUUGCGCUACUGGAUGAAGGUCCCCCUCGAGAGGAGCGUGUUCAAGGAGGGCAUGCAAUCCCUGAACGUGUGCUGGUUCGACGUCAAGGGGACGGUCACGUGCGCUCUGCCACGUGGCAAGUACAUGUGCGCCUGGCGGCUGUCCCAGGGCCGGGAGUACUGGUUCCAUCCCCGCACGGAGGUCACUGUUUCCAUCGAGGGAGUCCCAGUCAUCCAGCGUCAGAUAAGGACAGGAAGGCGGGAUAUUGCCCAUUAUCCCGACUGGUCGGAGUUGCCGGUGGCGAUCAUAGAAGUGCCCCCGCGCGCGGAAGGGGAAGGGGAAGGGGAAGGGGAAGCGGAAGCGGAAGCGCAGUUGGAGGCGGAAGAUCGGCUGUCCUCCGUAGCAGUUAACUUCCGACUGUUCUGCUUUGAUGGCGGGGCGAAGCAGGGGAUGAUCGUGGACGGGUUUGUGAUUCGCUCUGCGCUGGAGGACGACCUGGAGGACGGAGGUGCUUUUGGGUGGAUUGGACUUGGACUCUCUAGCAAUUCGAAAUUGGAGGGGAUGAUGCAGCAAUUGAUGCGCAAGAAGCGGCGGAAGAGUUUCUGGAGAAAAUCUAGCGCAGGAGGUGGUGGCCUGCAUGGAGGAGGGGGUGGCCUGCAUGGAGGAAGGGGUGGCCUGCAUGGAGGAGGGGGUGGCCUGCAUGGAGGAGGGGGUGGCCUGCAUGGAGUAGGGGGUGGCCUGCAUGGAGGAGGGGUGGGCAUCCGUGUGGGGAGUCCGGCUUUCCGGUGUCUUGGGAGCGAGUCAACAACGGUGCUCAGCAAGGAUGUGCCACGACCGCCCAGCUCGGCUCCAAUGGAGUUUGGCGGUAGAUCGGGGGCCAUCUGCGCAAUGGAAGGGGACGAUUAUGAUGUCCCAGACGACGUGGAAGGGGAUGGCGAACCACCUGCAAGCCCCCCACCACCGCCAGAGCGGGGCGGCGGGGGUUGCUGGACGUCCAGACGGUUUUGGGCAGGGGAGCAGGGGGGGGGAAGGCAAAAGAGAAUCGUGGUGCAGACGCUCCGAAGGCGGACAGCGGCCGGUAUGUAUGGGACAACACCGUCCAUCUCUCAUUCCGAUCCACUGCAAGCGGGAUCAGGAGCAGUACUUGGCAGGUUGCCCAUCGAACUUCUCAAGGAUGAAAAGGAUGAAAACGAAGGAGUGGAUGUGGUCUGGAUAUUGAGAAGCGUGUGGAGGCGCAAAAGGGGUGGUGAUACCGGGACAGCGUCAAACGCCGUAAACGCUGGGAAAAUAUGUUUACGUGGGACAAAUAUAGUAUUGUAGACAACCAAGAAGACCGUUCGGUAGUAUUUUAGACAACCAAGAAGACCGUUCGGUUCUGGCGACGUUCUGGAAGCCGACAGCUAAGUAGAGGAAAGGCAAGGGCUACAAGUGUUCUUCCUAGAUGGUGAGUUAUGGGAUGCCAUUCACGCUGGGCAGAACAACAACCAGACGAUCAACCCCACCAACGUCGGUGACAGUGGCGUGGCGAACGACCUGCUGACAAUACGGACAGCGAAGGAGAGGACGGAGAAGCGAAGGAGAGGACGGAGAAGACAUGAGCACCGACUGUGCUUCAGCAUCACAGAGGUUGCGCCAUGGCGAGAGAAAAACGGCAGGGGAACAAGCUUUUGCGGGGGUGGGGGAGGUGAUGAAGGAGCAAUUCUUCUGUGGUGGCGGAGUCCGUAGAUCGGGCAAGCCAGCGCCAAUGCGAAACCAUGGACAGGCAGUGCAACGUGCUGGAACGCGAGAUUGAGAUACACAAGUGGCAAAACUGCAAACAAGGGAAGACACAUCCAGGGUCACAACGGAAGCUGGCGUUCUGCCGCACGUGUAUCUCAAGCGGCAGAAGGUCCUGUCCGACGCACUCAUGGAGAUCGCGGAAGCUCUGUCGAAGCCGGUGAUAAGCGCCCCUUGUGCACGUGGUUGCAGCAUUGCCCCUGGCCAUGCAAGCUCCUCCUCCUCUUGUUUUUUUUUGUGUUUUUUUAACUUUUUUUUUUAUGUUUUGUUUGUUAUUAAUGUAGCAAUACAAAUACGCCCUGCGACAGCCAUCUCUCUUUUUUUUGUAUCCGCUGGCUGUACGCUGUGCCCAGGGUUACUCCUUCCCGUUUUGGGAGGCAAUCAAUGCUGUGUGGCAAGUGCAGAUUCCAUGUUUUUUUUUUUUUUUUUUUGCCCACGGUUAAUCCCCCGUGCUUUGGGAAGCAAUUAAUGCUGUGUGGCAGGUCAUGACUGCAUGGUUUUCUUAGUUUUUUUUUUUUUUUUUUUUUUUCGCUCUACUUCCAUUUAUUGCUGCUUCGCAUCUCACUCUACUCCCAUUUGCUGCGUUUGUAAGGGGAGCGCUGAUUACUUAGGUAGGAAUGAGUUGUCGCCAUCGGGGUUUCCCUUCUAUGGGGUUUUGUUCCCAACUGGCUUGUCGUGUCGUUGAAAGUACGCAGAUACAUGCACCCUAAGUGCCGAUGGCCAAACAAUCAAGAUGCAAUAGGGAA